GGGAGUGCUGCAGAGCUGCGGUGGAAAGAGUCCCAUGGGACCCCCAUGGCUGGGGUGGGGGUGUUGUGAUGGAGCCAGGCGACGCUGUGCCAGGGGUCCUGGCCCUCCUGGGGUGGUGAUGCCCUCCUCACUGACCCCAGCCUGGUGCCUGUGCUGGCAUGGUGUGCAGGGCUCAGCCGUGGGGUGCUGAUCUCCCAGCCCAGCAGUGCUGCCACCGUGCUGCAUGCGCCCACCUGCACCCCCUGCUCAGCUCCGAGCACCCCAGCCUUGCCCCAGAGGCCAUCACGGGGUGGGCGUCCAGGCAGGGGAGCGGCUCAGGGCUGGUGCCAGGCACCAAGGCCAGAGUGGGGCACAGUGCCAGUGCCGGGGACCCUACUCCUCCUGUGUGUGUGUGUGUGUGUGUGUGGGCAGAGCCUCAGGAUGGGGUGCAGGAUGUGGUGGGGUCUCCAGCUUCUUUUGAGAGCCCUGGGGUCCUUCAGACCGCAUCAGCAGGCCCUGCUCCCUGCACCCCGCACCCCGGUGCUCCCUGUGCCCCCCUAUUCCUUGUGUCCUGGUGCUCUGGCAGCGGCUGCUGCAGGGCUGUUCGACCUGGUUUUGGGAGCGUUUGGCCUCUGCGAUGAUGCCAUGUUUCCCAUCACCGUACUGAGCGCCUGCACUGUGGUUACGGGCAAGGGCAGUGCCUGCUUGCCUGAGCAGCCAGGCAGUGGCCGUGGGUUAUGGUGGUGGUGGUGCCCCUGUGCCGGCGCCCAGCCCAGUCUGGGCUGGUCAUGGCUCCCAGCUCACUGGUUGUGCAGGUGGGGAAACUGAGGCGGGACCAGCCAGACCUGGCCAGCCCCUCGGUUUGGAGAGUGGUUGGUUUGCAGGGCUCUGGUUCCCGAGCCGCGGCUGAGAGGCGGCUCAGCUGACAGGCCCCGUUGGAAGGGCUUCUGUCGCCGCGCUCUGCUCCCCGUCGACAUUCAAAAGGCUCUUUUCAGUGAGUCAUUUUCUCUUUUGCUGUCCCACUAUCCAGGGAAAAUGGUGACAUUCGCGGUGCAAAGUGUGUUCACCAUGGAAACCAGCUGAAAGGAGGGAGAACGCCACCCCCUGCUCCUCCCAGACGGCACCCCCCUUAGUGAGCUCUCCUGGUCCUCCUCACUGGCCGUCGUGGCCGUCUCCUUCUCGGGGCUCUUCACCUUCAUCUUCCUCAUGUUGGCCUGCCUGUGCUGCAAGAAGGGGGACAUCGGCUUCAAGGGUCAGUUGUCUCUGCUCGGUGUGUGCCCCCCCGCGCGCCCCCCGGCCCAGGAGUUUGAGAACGCCGAGGGGGAUGACUACGUGACGGAGCUCUCGGCCCAGGGCUCGCCUGCCCCCCAGCAUGGCCCCGAGGUCUACGUCCUGCCCCUCACCAAGGUCUCCUUGCCCAUGGCCAAGCAGCCGGGGCGCUCAGUGCAGCUUCUCAAGUCGGCGGACCUGGGGCGGCAGAGCCUGCUCUACCUGAAGGAGAUCGGGCAUGGCUGGUUCGGCAAGGUGUUCCUGGGGGAGGUGAACUCGGGCAUCAGCAGCACUCAGGUGGUGGUGAAGGAGCUGAAGGCGAGCGCCAGCGUGCAGGACCAGAUGCAGUUCCUGGAGGAAGCGCAGCCGUACAGGGCCCUCCAGCACACCAACCUGCUGCAGUGCCUGGCCCAGUGCGCCGAGGUCACCCCGUACCUGCUGGUGAUGGAGUUCUGCCCUCUGGGUGACCUGAAGGGGUACCUGCGGAGCUGCCAGGGGGCUGAGGCCAUGACCCCGGACCUGCUGACCCUGCAGAGGAUGGCGUGCGAGGUGGCCUGCGGUGUGCUGCACCUGCACAGGAACAACUACAUCCACAGUGACUUGGCCCUGCGGAACUGCCUGCUCACCGCUGACCUGACCGUCAAGAUCGGAGACUACGGGCUCUCACACUGCAAGUACAAAGACGACUACUUUGUGACGGCCGACCAGCUGUGGGUGCCGCUGCGCUGGAUCGCACCCGAGCUCAUCGAUGAAGUGCAUGGCAACCUGCUCAUCGUGGACCAGACCAAGUCCAGCAACGUCUGGUCGCUGGGUGUCACCAUCUGGGAGCUGUUUGAGCUGGGCAGCCAGCCCUACGACCACUACUCCGAUCGGCAAGUGCUUGCCUAUGCCAUCAAGGAGCAGCAGCUCAAGCUGCCCAAGCCCCAGCUGAAGCUCUCGCUGUCAGAGCGCUGGUACGAGGUGAUGCAGUUCUGCUGGCUGCAGCCGGAGCAGCGCCCGACGGCAGAGGAGGUGCACCUCCUGCUUUCCUACCUCUGCGCCAAAGGGGCGACGGAAGUGGAGGAGGAGUUUGAGAAGCGCUGGAACUCCAUGAAACCCAACGGCAGUGCCAGCGCCAGCCACCACGGCCCCGAGCUCUCCUCCUUCCCGCUGCUGGAGCAGUUCUCGGCCGAUGGCUUCCCCUCAGAUGGGGAUGACAUCCUGACUGUCAUGGAGACCAGUCACGGCCUCAAUUUCGAGUACAAGUGGGAGCACACCAAGACCGAGCACUUCCAGGCACCUCUGGGGUCCCUGAGCCCCAGCAGCGCCGCCCGGUACCACGACCUCUACUACCCGGCCACGACGGCGGGGCGCCUGAGCCUGGGGGUCUCGCCCUCCUGCUACGAGUGCAAGCCGCCGGGCUGCCCCAGCCUGCCGGCCCCCGGUGUGGUGCCCAUCCUGGGUGCCCACAGCCCCUCGCUGGGCAGCGAGUACUACAUCCGCAUUGAGGGGCCUGGGGAGGGCGGCGCCGAGCUGGACUAUGCCAUGUGCGCCUACAGCCCUGCGGGUGAGCGGGGGUCCCUGCGCCCCCCAUCCUGCUGGAGAGCCCAGGGUGCCCAGAGUGGCAGCACGUACGACUCCGACAGCAGCCCCACCGUCUCCCUCAGCAUGGAGCCGCUGCUGGGCCACGCGCCGGCGGCCGAGGGCUCCUGGGAGUGUGCCGAGUACUACCCCUACCCCUGUCCGGGGCAGGAGCCGCAGGGCUACGAGCCGUCCCCCAGCCAUGGGGCCGAGGGGUACCUGCUGGAGCAGGAGCCCACGCAGCCAGGGAGCCAGAACUGGGCCAUCCCCGCCUUCCAGCCCAGCAUCUUCACCGACCCCCUGGGCGUCUCCCCGUCGGUGAACUGCACCUACAGCCCCCGGGAGUACGGGGAGCCGCAGGCACCCCUGCCGGGCGGGCGGCUGUUGGGGCAGAGCGGGGCCCGGCCGGACAGCGUGGCGCUGGAGCUGGGCGAGGACAGCCCCCCCGGUGCCCCCCGCCCGCAGGGUGCGAGCCCCCUGGUUCAGCGGCAGCCCUGGGCCUCCAACAGCUCCUCCAACAACAACAUUGGCAGUGGCAGCCCCGCGUCCCGCGAACCCCUGGCUGGCGACAGCUGGUGCUACCGCCGUAUGAUCACCUUCCGGGGGCUGAUGGCCAAGCCGCUGGGCACCGUGCCACGCGGCCAGCCCCAGCUCGGGGGGUCCCCGCCGGGCCACGACUUCCGCCGCCCGCGGCAGGAUCAGCCCCCCGGCACUGCCGGCGGCUCCUCCUCUCCGUGCCGCUCGCCCUCCCCGCGGCGUCAGGCCUGGCACAGCCGUGACUCAUCAACCUCCGGCCGCUCGCAGGCAGCAGCGCUGGCUGCCAGCCCCGGCACGCCGUGGGGCCCCGGCACGGCCCUGCCAGCUCCGGCAGGGGCCCAGCACGAUGCCCACCCGGAUGAGAGCGUGGAGGGGAGCAGCCCUGCGUGCAGCCCCCUGCCCCACGCCAUGGCUGCAGUGGGGCUGGGGGAGGCCACCCCCGUGGCUGGCACCACCGUGACGAACGCCGGAUCCCCCACAGAGCCUGGCACAGACAGCACCCAGCCUGCACCGGAGACCGCCGAGGCACCCACGCCGGUGCCCGGGGAGGCUGCCACUGACAGUGGCACAUGCGCUGCCAGCAACGUGGACCGGACACCAGACAAGACGUUCUCCAGCUCUAGCUUCCCCAGCGCCGACGAGGGGAGUGAUGAGGACACAGCUGAGCUGACCUCUGGCGUCUUCACUGACUUCUCCGGGGACUAUGUGGAGCGGGUGGAGGCGGCCCCAGUGUUGAAGUCCCUGCAGAAGCAGGUGGGGACGCCAGACUCCCUGGAGUCGCUGGACAUCCCCUCCACAGCCAGCUCCUGCGAGGUCUUCAGCCCCACCGCCUUUGCACCCGCCGGCCAGCCCAAGGCCCUUGACAGUGGCUAUGACACUGAGAACAAUGAGUCCCCUGAGUUUGUCCUCAAAGAGCCCCAUGAGCCCCGAGAGGCAGAGGCCUUCAGCCAGCUGGGGAAGCCACCCCCGGGGCUACCGGGGGGCGAGGGCUUGGCCCCCGAAACGCAGCUCUCCACCUCCUUGGGGGCUGAGCUGCACAGCCUCGUUGAGAAGAACCCCUACCGCGACUCUGCCUACUUCUCCGACUACGACACUGAGGCUGAGCGCGGCCCCAAGGACGAGGACAGUGAUGGGUCCCAGACCCCAGAGGCAGAGGAGGUUCCCCGGUCCCCUGCGCAGGACCUAGGGCGAGCCCCCAUGCUGGGAGAGGACCCACUGCACCCCCCGGGAGCACCCAGCAGCCCCCCAGCAGCGCCUGGCCUCGAGGUGGCAGUGGAUGUGCUGGCAGCGGGGGUUUUGGUGGGGGACUGGCAGGGUGCAGAGGCAGGGAGCACCCCGGCCACCCCCGCGGGGCAGGUGCCUGGCACCGAGCAGCGACCCGCUGGCACGGGGCUGGUGCCGGGCAGCUCUGCGCGCCCCAGUGGGGACGUCUGUCCCCCGGGCUCUGUGCCACCCAAGGCUUUCUUCUUGACCCCGGUGCUGGCGAGCCCUGGGGAGCCGGUGUCCAUCCGAGGGACCCACAUGCCCGAGGGCCCCCCUGGACUUGGGGGAGCCGUGGCUCAGGGUGAACAGACUGUGCCCUCCACGCCGGGGCUGCCCCUGGAGGGGACUGGGGUGGGCGAUGCGCCAGGGGGUCCCAGCACACUGCUACGGGGGGGUGACUUUCCCCCCGGCCUCUCCCCACUCCUGUCUGCCCGGGAGCCACGGCCGGCUGCCCCCGAGUGCUGUGAGGAGCCGGAGGAGGAGGAGGAGGACACGGAGGAUAGCGACGAGUCAGACGAGGAGCUGCGCUGCUACAACAUCCAGGAGCAAAGCGAGGAGAGCGAGGAGGAGCCGGCGGCCGUGCCCAUCGUGGUGGCCGAAAGCCAGAGCAGCAGGAACCUGCGCAGCCUUCUCAAGAUGCCCAGCCUGCUCUCCGAGUCCUUCUGCGAGGACCUGGAGCGCAAGAAGAAGGCCGUCUCCUUCUACGAUGAUGUUACCAUCUACCUCUUCGACCAGGAAAGCCCCACGCGGGAGCUGGCUGAGCAGAGCUUCCCGGAGCCCCCCCCGCCUUUGGGGCAGCCCCCCGCCGGCAGCAGCCCCCCCAGCCCAGCAGACAGGCUGAGCACCUCGGAUGACUCCUCAGACGGCAAUGCCUCGGAAGAGAGUGGUGGCUUCGAGUGGGAUGACGACUUUCCGCUCAUGCCGGUGAAGCCGUCCCUGAUGGCCUCACUGACGGGGACAUCGACAGAGCCCGACGCGGCUGUACCUGAGCUGCCCACCCUGCCCGCACUGGUGCCGGCACAGAAACAGGUGCUGCCCAUCCAGUUCUCCCGGUUCACGGUCUCGCCUGCCCCGGUGUCCCGGUUCUCCAUCACCCACGUCUCUGACUCUGACAUGGACUCCAUAGGAGGCAGCAGCGAAGACGGCGACCGGGAGUGAGCCAGCCGGGAUGCCGGCCAGGCAGUGCCCCGGCACUGGCACCCGUGCAGGAUGGCGGGACCGGGAGCGGGGUCUGGCUGUGGGCUCCCAGACCGCGCUCUGGAUUUUUUUUAGGCAGAUUUUAUCGGAAGGAGCUCGUUUGCUGCUGCGAGUGGGAGCGGGGCCGGCAGGGCCCGGGGCCAGGCGCUUCCAGAAGGAAAUGGAAGUAAAGCGGAGCUGAGCGAAACCUUGAAAUCAGGGCUGGUUCCUUUGGGGUCUAUAGACCAAACCCUGAGGUUACAUCUUGCAGGUGCCACCAAGCCAGGAGGUGCAGCGAAGCCCCGGGGGCUGGCUGGAGCCCAGGGGGUUUUGCCCGGGGGGUCCCGGGGGGGCUGGAAGAGGACAACGCUGGUCCAGUGACCAAGGGGACCCCCGGCCUGCCCCCUGCCCCACGCUGGACUGUGAUCCCCCAGCUCUCUCCCACCCGCUGCCCUGCUCCCCAGCAGAGCCCUUCCCCUUGCCCCUGCCCCAUCUGCUUCCCCCUUCCCCUUAUCUGCUCCAGCCCCGGGAGAGGAAGAAGCUGCGCGUCAACCAGCGAACCCAGCCCUCGUGUGCAGCCAGAGCCCCGGCGGCCACAGGAGAAGCUGCUGUCCUGCAGCGGAGCUGCCAAAAAGCCAUCGGAGGGGACACGGCAGCGAUGAGCCACCACGUCUGACUGGGGAAGAGCCCCGGCUGCAUGGAAUCCCACAGGCAGCGACCCCCACGCCUGGGCUCUCUGGGCUCCGCAAAGCACCGGCCCGCAGUGCACUAGCCAUUAAAAAGUGCAAAAUGACAAAUAUAA